AUGAGUGGACGCGAAGGUGGCAAGAAGAAGCCUCUGAAGGCACCGAAAAAGGAGCAGUCCGAGAUGGACGAGGACACUGCUGCGUUCAAGGCGAAGCAGAAGGAACAGCAGAAAGCGCUCGAAGCGGCCAAACAGAAGGCUACCAAGGGUGGCCCGCUACUGCAGGGCGGCAUCAAGAAGUCGGGCAAGAAGUGAUCCGGCAGCUGUUACCGGAACCAGCGGUUGCUGCUAACCUCCUCAUCUGCUGCCACUCAAUCCGACAUCGGGAGGUUAUCCCGGGAGGUCGUCUGCCGCCGUUGGAUCGCCGUUUAAGUUAAGCCUACAAAUUUCCGUGUUUUCAAUGCCCGCGCUGACGGACCCGGUGUGGUUUAUACACUAUUGAUAAAUAAACAUUUUCACUUAACGAUACACGA